AUGGAAGCCGCAGCUGGCACUGAGGUGCCCCAGGAACUGCUGGAAGAAAUGCUUUGGGUCUUUCGGGUACAAGACGCGGCUCCGUGGAAUUAUUCCAUCCUUGUUCUGAUGUUCUUGGUAGUCACAAUAAGCAUCGUCCUCCUGGGGUGGAGCAUCCGACAAAACAGAAAUAAAAAGAUGAUGCGACCGGAAAAACAAACUCCAAAAGUUCCAUGCUCGGAUGAAGCAGACACCAAAGAUAACAAUAGCCAGAACCUCGUGACAGAAACUUUGCUGUCAGCAAAACCCAAAGAGAGCAACGUGUCAUCUAUUUCCCUUCCAGAGCCACAAGAAUUUGAAAGCUAG